GAGAGAGAGAGAGAGAGAGAGAGAGAGAGAGAGAGAGAGAGAGAGAGAGAGAGAGAGAAUCACUUGCUUCCUAAGCAGGGAUUUGCCUGCGAUGCGCGGCGAGAGGACUGCGGCGGCUGAUUUACACAGUUGGCGCGGAGGAGGGGCCGGGGGUGCGGGGGGACAAGCUGGCGGAGGCUCCAGCGAUGGGCUGAUCUGGGGGCUCCGGAGCGCCGCUCCCUCGGUGCGCGAUUUGGGGGCGGCUGGUGGCUUUGCAUUCGGGUUCCAGCCCUGCGUUUUCUGUAUUGCCUUCUAGUCCCUGACCUGGCGCUCCCAGUUUAGAGGCAGACGUUCGGUAAGUAACGUGUAAUCUGAUUUUAGUUAUUUCCUAGGCCAUCAAAGCGGUACUUUUAAAGCAGGUCAGUCUUUAAAAGAUGCGGUCGCCGCCACUGUCGCCGCCGCCGGGAGCGUCUCCUUGGCCUGGAACGCUCGCCCCCCUCCUCUGCCCACCGCUCCCUGUCCUCUGGCUGAAGAAGUGAAGGCGCUCCAAUGGUGGGCUGUCAGGGGAUUCACAACCCGCCAACGGGAUCACAUCGCCUUCGUGUUCUGCCUGAGAUUUCCCAACGCCAAGUGCAAUGUGGGCAAAGAGCAAAGACACUCGGGAAAGCCAAGGGCUAGCUCUAUCUCCUCGAGUAGACCGAGGCCGCAGGCAGGGAUUGCGCUGUGAGAGAGACAAGCUUUCAGCGAGAUACAGAUAAAGAGAAAUGCAGAAAGGGACCCGGGCUCUCGGGAACCGGGGCGCUUGCCACUGAAGGAAGAGCAUCAAGAUCUUUGAUCAGGCCAUCCAGGUCCUGGGACACUUGCACAGCCUGCCUGCCAUCCGGAGCAAGCACAGAGAGCAGUGGUCCUGAGCCCACGGUCGCCAGCUUCACCGCGCUAGGUGCGCGCUCGGCUCUCCCAUCGCUAUGCAGCGACCAUUUCCCUCUAAGUCUAAAGGUGGACCACUCUGAAAGGAUUACAAGCGUGAUUUGGUAGCCUUUCUGAAAGUUGGUGGCUGGAAGAGGGGAAGAUACUGGGCGACAGAAUGACGGAUACAAUGCAGCCUCGCGGAGAGUUUGCCCCUCCCGCUGAGAAGCCCCUUGGAGCGAACCUCGGAGAUCCUGAGCGCUCUGCACCAUAGGGCCUUCCCCCCUCUCCUCCAGCCCCCCUAGCUUCAGCAAGAGGAGACUGGACAAGAGAGGAUCCUUAAACUCAAGCUUUGUUUUCCUUGCUGCUUGUCUUUUCAUUCUUUUCCAUAGUCCGUGGCGAGAAACAAAAAUAAAAACCAAAAUCCAAACCUCCUGCAAAAUAGUUUUGUAAUCAACCAGGAAUGAUGAAGCCAAGCAUAGCUGAAAUGCUUCACAGAGGAAGAAUGCUGUGGAUAAUUCUUCUAAGCACAAUUGCUCUAGGAUGGACUACCCCAAUUCCCCUGAUAGAGGACUCAGAAGAAAUAGAUGAGCCCUGUUUUGAUCCAUGCUACUGCGAAGUUAAAGAAAGCCUCUUUCACAUACAUUGUGACAGCAAGGGAUUUACAAACAUUAGUCAGAUUACUGAGUUCUGGUCAAGACCUUUUAAACUGUAUCUUCAGAGGAAUUCGAUGAGAAGACUAUACACAAACAGUUUUCUUCACUUGAAUAAUGCGGUGUCCAUUAACCUUGGGAACAAUGCAUUGCAGGACAUUCAAACUGGAGCAUUUAAUGGCCUUAAGAUUUUAAAGAGACUGUAUCUCCAUGAGAACAAACUAGAUGUCUUCAGAAAUGACACCUUCCUUGGCUUAGAAAGUCUGGAAUAUCUUCAGGCAGAUUACAAUGUCAUUAAACGUAUAGAGAGUGGGGCAUUUCGGAACCUAAGUAAAUUGAGGGUUCUAAUCUUAAAUGAUAAUCUCAUCCCCGUGCUUCCAACCAAUUUAUUUAAAGCUGUUUCCUUAACGCAUCUGGACCUUCGUGGGAACAGGUUAAAGGUUCUCUUCUACCGUGGGAUGCUGGAUCACAUUGGCAGAAGCCUGAUGGAGCUCCAGCUAGAAGAGAAUCCUUGGAACUGUACCUGUGAGAUAGUACAGCUGAAGAGUUGGCUGGAGCGAAUACCUUACACAGCCCUGGUGGGAGACAUUACCUGUGAGACACCUUUCCAUUUCCAUGGGAAGGAUCUCCGUGAAAUCAAGAAGACUGAACUCUGUCCACUGUUGUCUGACUCUGAGGUGGAGGCCAGUCUGGGGAUUCCCCACUUAUCUUCAAGCAAGGAGAAUGCCUGGCCAACUAAACCUUCCUCUAUGUUGUCUUCUGUCCAUUUUACUGCUUCAUCUGUUGAAUAUAAGUCCUCUAAUAAGCAACCAAAACCCACCAAACAGCCCAGAACACCGAGACCACCUUCGACAUCCCAGGCUUUAUAUCCUGGUCCAAAUCAACCUCCUAUUGCCCCCUAUCAGACUAGACCACCCAUUCCCAUUAUAUGUCCUACUGGGUGUACAUGCAAUUUGCAUAUCAAUGACCUUGGCUUGACUGUCAACUGCAAAGAAAGAGGAUUUAACAACAUCUCUGAACUCCUUCCAAGGCCCUUGAAUGCCAAGAAGCUGUACCUGAGCAGCAAUCUUAUUCAGAAGAUAUACCGCUCUGAUUUUUGGAAUUUUUCUUCUUUGGAUCUCUUGCACCUAGGGAACAAUCGCAUUUCCUACGUCCAGGAUGGGGCUUUCAUCAACCUGCCCAACCUGAAGAGUCUCUUUCUCAAUGGCAAUGAUAUAGAAAAGCUGACUCCAGGUAUGUUCCGAGGUCUGCAGAGCUUGCAUUACUUGUACUUCGAAUUCAACGUCAUCCGGGAAAUCCAACCUGCAGCCUUCAGCCUCAUGCCCAACUUGAAGCUGCUAUUUCUCAACAAUAACUUGCUGAGGACUCUGCCAACUGAUGCCUUUGCAGGUACAUCCCUGGCUCGGCUCAACUUGAGGAAGAACUACUUUCUCUACCUGCCAGUGGCUGGUGUCCUUGAACACCUGAAUGCCAUUGUGCAGAUAGAUCUCAACGAGAAUCCUUGGGACUGCACUUGCGACUUAGUCCCCUUUAAGCAGUGGAUCGAAACCAUCAGCUCAGUCAGCGUGGUAGGUGAUGUACUCUGUAGGACCCCCGAGAACCUCACCCACCGUGAUGUGCGCACUAUUGAGCUGGAAGUUUUAUGCCCAGAGAUGCUGCAUAUUGCCCAACCUGGACCAUCUCCACCCCAGCCUGGAGAUUACCACCCUAACGGGGGACCAACAAGUGCAUCACCUUAUGAGUUCUCUCCCCCAGGGGGCCCUGUGCCACUUUCUGUGUUGAUUCUCAGCCUCUUGGUUCUGUUCUUCUCAGCUGUCUUUGUUGCUGCAGGCCUCUUUGCCUAUGUGCUCCGUCGGCGUAGGAAGAAGUUGCCCUUUAGAAGCAAGAGACAAGAAGGUGUGGACCUUACAGGAAUCCAGAUGCAAUGUCACCGGCUGUUUGAGGACAGUGGAGGCAACAGUGGUGGGAGUGGAGGUGGAGGGCGACCAACUCUGUCCUCGCCAGAGAAAGCCCCUCCCGUGGGUCACGUGUACGAGUAUAUACCCCACCCAGUAACUCAGAUGUGUAACAACCCCAUCUAUAAGCCUCGAGAGGAGGAAGAAGUGGCUGCCUCAGCAGCCCAGGACACAGGAGCUACAGACCGUGGAGGUCCUGGUACACAACCAACAGGAAUGGCUGAGGUGCUCUUGGGAAGUGAGCAGUUUGCAGAAACACCCAAGGAGAACCACAGUAACUACAGGACCUUGCUGGAAAAAGAGAAGGAGUGGGCUCUGGCUGUUUCCAACUCUCAACUUAACACCAUAGUGACGGUGAACCAUCACCACCCUCACCCUCACCACUCGGCAGUUGGUGGGGUUUCAGGGGUAGGUGGAGGGACUGGGGGAGACUUGGCUGGGUUCCGCCACCAUGAGAAGAAUGGUGGGGUGGUGCUGUUUCCCCCUGGGGGAGGUUGUGGUGGUGGCAGUCUGCUACUAGACCGUGAGAGGCCACAGCCUGCUCCGUGCACAGUGGGAUUUGUGGACUGUCUCUAUGGCACAGUGCCCAAAUUAAAGGAACUCCAUGUCCACCCCCCUGGCAUGCAAUAUCCAGACUUACAGCAGGAUGCCAGGCUCAAAGAAACCCUUCUCUUCUCAGCUGGAAAGGGCUUCACAGACCACCAAACCCCCAAAAGUGAUUACCUCGACUUAAGGGCCAAACUUCAAACUAAGCCGGAUUACCUCGAAGUUCUGGAGAAAACAGCAUACAGGUUCUAACCGAAAGAAGAAAAUAAAUUAGUGGCUUUGUUUUGAUUUCCAAAAGAAAAAGGAAAAUAAAAAGAAAUAUAUCCCCGGCUCCCAUUAUACUUGUCCCAAUAACUACAUCCUUACAGUUUCCCCUGCCUAGGACAGAACUGAAACGCAUGAUAACUAGAGAAUACAAAAGUGUGCUCCCCCUCUCAGAUGUGAUUUUGAGGAAGGGCCAUACUCAGAUCAUUAAUCAAUGAAGUGCCUUCGCAGACUUUUGCCAGCAAAUGUUAUCAUUAUUUUUUAUACUGAAACUCGAGACUUUGACUGUGCCAUGUGUGAGGUAUACUGGGGAUCGUUGUAUUGAUCCUAAAUGAGUAAACUUCAAUGUGUCUUUUUAUUUUCAGUAACUUUUCUUCCCUUUAGUUGCAGUUAUGUUUGAAAGGGAGGGGGGAGGUUGGCAUUUAUGGCUUUCUCUCCUUUUCCCAUCAUGGCACAGAUUCUGUACAUGUAUUAACAAUGCAGUUUGCUGCAUGCUUGAAAACUGCAGGAUGGGGAGGGAGGGGCGGGUCUUGCUCGAAUGUUCUCACACUGUUGUCUCACACACAUAUUCAUGUGCACACAGCAACUCCCUACAUACACUUAGGUCCCUCAGCCUGCACUGGGUGCAGUACACACACACACGCACACGCACACACACACGCACACACACGCGUACACACGCGCGCGCGCGCGCGCACACACACACACACACACACCUCCCCUGCAACUUAAUACGCUUAGUUCGGGUUUGAUCUAUUUCUUCCUCUACAUAGCUCCACGUGCCCUUCACUCCUAGUGUACAGCUCACGGCAUCUCUCCUACCACCCUGGGAAAAGUCACAUUCGAGGCUGGAUCCUACUGAAGUCAAGGCUUGUUCGUUUAACAGCUGGAGACACACCUAGGGUUGAGCCACCCUCCUCGUGACAUUUCAUCUUGAUGUCAAGAUUUUUGAGAACAUCUGCACUUUCUUAUACAUAUAUAUAUAAAUAUAAAUAUAUGAUAUUAAAAAAUAAAAAAGCAACUGGGUAUAUAUCACUAACAGCUUUGUAGGAAGCACUUUUAAUGUUUUCUCUCUCACACACAAAGAUUCAAAGGAAAUGUGCAUAUAUUUAUUCUGUAAUUUCAGUGAUUAUAAAUUGUAAAGGUAAUGUUUAAUCAUUGUAUAGUGAUUAUGCGUCUGGUAUAGCUUUCCUAAUAAAAAGUUUUUGAAAAACAUAAUACAUUAUAUACAGAAGAUACGAAGCUUGAACUUAAACUUCAGCUAUGCCAUGCUUUUCAUACUCACAUUUAAAGGAUUUAUUUUACUGGAUAUACAGAAAGCUAAAUGAUUAACAAGUUUGAUGCACUGUGAUAUUGAUAAAUAUUAUUAUUCCUUAUCCAUAUCCCAUAUUAGGAUUAAAUUGGGGCUUGGAUAUUC